UUUCUCGACGGCGCGACGAGAAUCGAGAGUCCAAGCCGCUCUGGGAGAGGCACAACUGUAGAAGGAAACUACUGCAUAGAUAAUCUUCCUCGAAUAUUGAUGGCUCCCAGCGGUGUCUGAACGGCUCAGUGGUGGAAUAGAGCCGACGGGAAUAAUUCUUUCGAGUUUCUCGAAGAUGUCUACCGAGAAAGCCACCACUUCGUCGGGGACACUCUCACUGAAUAUCCUGGUCCAUCCGCGCCAGAAGAACAAUCCCGUUCUGAACUUCGUCAAGAAAGUCGCUUAUGAGUUCAGGGAUGAUCUUCUAGCAGAUUUCGUCGUUGGGCAGAGCGCGUGCUGUUUAUUCCUCUCGCUCAGGUACCAUCAAGCUCAACCGCAGUACAUCGUCAAGCGCCUGAAUGACCUACGGAAUCUUUUCACGGUUCGAAUUCUGUUCGUACAGGUAGACAUCAAGGAUGCUCCCCCGGUCAUAAGGGAAAUGAACCGAAUGGCUCUCCAGGCGCGUGUCACGCUGAUGCCAGGAUGGAGCGCCCAAGAUAUUGGGCAAUAUUUGGAACUGUAUAAAAUUUUAGAGAACAAACAGCCAGACCUGAUCAGAGAGAGAAUCGAAAUGGAACCAUUGACGCGAGCGAUAGCGGCGAUAACCACCAUCAAAUCCGUGAACAAGACCGACGCGAUGGAACUUUUAGAGAAUUUCGGCUCGCUGAAGAAAAUCGCCGAGGCAUCAAUCGAGGAAAUGUCGGUCGUGCCGGGAAUCGGGGAACGGAAAGCCAAACAGAUCUACGAGACCCUCAGGGAGCCCCUCGUCUAUAAGUAAUGUCCCCUUCCCGCUCCACCUUAUCUAUGUAGAACUCCUGUGAUCUGUACUUCUAAGCCAAAUGCGCCAUUGUAUGAUGUGUUCCUGUUCAAGAAUGAGUGAAAUACAUGAU